AUGAAUACCAUUCUCUCAGAUGAGCUUCUGUUCGCCUUCAUGCUACCAUUGUUGCCAACUGUCCUCGAACAGCGAAUUGGUCUCGAUCCGUCUUUGACACAGCGCUUCACGUCGAUUUUCCUGGCCGAAGGAGCUUUCAUAUCUGUGAUUUCUAGCCCAAUAUUUGGGUCAAUAGCCGAUGCAAUCUCGACAUGCCUAUCCCUCACAACCCACCUGAUAUGGCUGUUUGUCGGGCGCUUCUUCCAAUGCCUAACAAGCAACGGAAUAUGGAUCGUGGGAAUGUCCACCAUGGCUGAGAAUAUUGGGAGCGAGCACAUGGGAAAAAUUGCCGGAUUGACAAGCACACUCACAGCUGCGGGAACCACUGGCGGUCCUAUUCUUGCGGGGGUUUUAUUCGGGUUAGGAGGAUACUGGUGCGCUUGGAUGGGCCCAGCUGCGUUCCUGCUGGUCGACAUCACGAUGCGCCUGGCCACUCAAUCGAACGAUGAUGAAUCGAAUGGUUCGACAUCGCCAGAAGCGCAGGGAUGGCUCUUCUACGAACUCAUAUUCCGCCAAUCGAGAUUCUCCAGUGGUGUAUUCUGUGCUUUUGUUUUUGCUUUGCUAAUUGGUUGCAUUGAGAGCACAUUGGCCGUGCAUAUCCGGAGUGCAUUUGGAUGGGGAGCGCUUCACGUUGGGCUUCUGCUGGCAUUGAUUCAGGGGCCUGGCAUGGUAUUGGCGGCUCCAGUAGGCUGGAUGAAAGACAAACUCGGCUCGCGGAUCCCGACAGCAGUCGGCUUUCUUGGCUUACCACCGUUCCUCCUUUUUUCGGGAAUCCUAGGUAGCAAAGUGUUCAAAUGGGCAACGGACAAAUUUUGGGCACAGCCUCUGUACGUUGUUUGUAUGGCACUGAUAGGGUGCCUUCUGUCUCUACUCAACGGGGUUGGUACGAUGCAGGCAACUGAAGCUAUUGAUAUACUGGAGGCGGAAAACCCUGGCGUUUUCGGUCCCAACGGGGGAUAUUCCCGUGCUUUAUCUAUCACCAACAUGACUUGGAUGGCUGGACUGAUGACUGGUCCUCUGCUGGCGGAAUUGAUCAUUGGACAUUUUGGCUACUUCGAGUUGCAGUGUUGUCUCGGUGGUAUAUCAAUUGUCGCAGGGAUCAUGACCCUGGCUUUUCUUGGCUCGCCUGUGCCAAAAUUCGCAGAGCAAUUGGACGAAGAUGAAGCGUGA